GCCUGGCAGGGGUGUAGGGCUGAUAGGCUCGCCCGGAGGAAAGCACAUUACGUAGGCAAGCGGCUCCGCUCAACUUGCCACCUGCGCCGGGAGAGCUGCCGGGGAAGCGAGACCCUGCCGGAGCCCCUCGCCCAUCGCUGGCCGCCCACCCGUCCUCCGCCAUGGACUGCUGCAACCAGGAGGGAGCCUGCACAAAGCUGGACGAGGACAUCCUGGACAUCCCUUUGGAUGAUCCUGACGCCAACGCGGCGGCCGCCAAGAUCCAGGCUAGUUUCCGCGGCCAUAUGACCCGCAAGAAGAUCAAAGGGGGUGAGAUCGAUCGGAAAACCAAGGACGCCGAGUGCGCCAACAGCACCCGCGGCGGCGACCUCCGCAACGGCGACUAGGGGCCACCAGGCGCUCCCCGGACCCCCUCACCGCCGAGCCCCCGCUGACCACAGAGGCCCAGGAGCCCCCGCUUCGCCCCGCCACCCCCCCGCAUGCACCCCCCGGGGUCCCCCCACAGCCAGGCUCUGCCCCUGCCCCCGGCCGCUGCCCCCCUGCCCCAGCCCCCCCCCACCCCAAUAAACAUCCCUGCCAGAG